AUGUCGUCCGCAGUCCCGCCCCAGAUCAUCCAGGUCAAGCGCAAGCGCAACGACGAUGGGCCAGUCACUUUCCUACGAAUUGAGCAAAGCACCAAGCGCCACCGCACCGGCGCAUUUCUGUACCAGCGCCACGACCCCGAGGCCGCUGUAGAUUCGCCUGCGGCUGCUGCUGCUCGCCAGCAUGCGACGCCGCCCGUCAUCCGCUCCUCGCGCCCCGGCGAGGAGAAUUUGCCACUUGAGAAGGUCAAGCGCAACCACGCCGCUGCUGCCGCCCAUGGCUCGUCUGCCGCAGGUGCAGAGGCAGAUGCCCGAUCGCGUCGAGGGGGUGCUCCGGCCCCCUCGACCGCUGCGCCCGGCCGCCAGCAACCGACGACGCCCCAAGCUCCGCAACCCGCCGCCAAGGCUGUGAUGGAGCCGCGCCGGUUCCACCUCUCGCGUAGCAAUAGCCACAACGCCGUCGAGCCUCACUCUCCGCUUAGGCCCGGUGCUCGCGGUGGCAAGGUGCCGCACCCCGCUGCCGCCAUCACUGCGACUGCCAAAGGCUCGGCCCCGGCCCUGUUUGUCGAGCGUACCAAGCGCAAACAUACCAGCCUAAGGAGAAAGGCGGCGGAGGCAGCGGCCCGGGCCGCAUCCCGGUCGCCUCGUCCGACUUCGGCGCAGUCUCAACACGAUUCUCGUUCGGACAACGAGCAGCCAGCGCAUUCUCGGGCAGACGUGGAUGCGGACCUGAGUGACCAGGCCUCGGACACUUUGCAUGCACCCAAGCCUAGGCUUCCGCUCCAGCGCCGCCGCGGAGGCGGUUCGGCUGGCUCGUCGACCCCGAAGCUCCCAGAUUCGCUCGUGAAUCGCUGGGACACGGACAUGGAUAAACUCGCGCGCGAGAUGAACGAGUACACGCUGCAGCAUAUCGCUCGCGACCUAGAGCAGAUCCAGGAGAGAGAUGCGGCUGCCGCGCCUAAGCAAGCAGCGGCAGCAGCCAGCAAUGCCGCCAGGGGCUCGGCCAAGGAGCAGAAGGCCUCCUCGAACUCGCCCAUGAAAUUCAAGCCACACCCACCGGCUAAGCGGUACCCUGAGAGGCACCCCCAGCGCACAAAAUCCGCAGCCGCUCAUCGUGGGACUGCAGCAGAAAGUUCGAAUGGCAACGGGGGUGGUAUGGACGUGGACAUGGACGUGGACAGGGAAGUUACCAGCGAUAGUGAGGAUGAUGAUGCCGACUAUGUCAUCGAUACCUAUGUCCGCGUGACGGCCGACUCGGUUCGAGCUCAAGCCACUCCCGAUAAGGUCGGGCUGCUGGUGCUGGACAACGAGCCGGAUCUAGAGUAUUUCUAUGGCCAGGAAAGCGACAGCGAGGAUGAGCUCGAGGACGAAGACGACGAGAACGCGGAGAACUAUUACGCGGCUGACUACCCGGACGACGAGGUGGCGACGGAUGACGAAUUUGACCGCAACCCGUACCUGUACCGCACCGGCAACGCCUCGGACCUGGAGGAGUUUGACGAGGCGAGCGAGUCGGAGGACAAUGACGAGGGUGACGAUCGAUUUAAGAUCACAAUCGGCAAGCCACAAAAUCUGCCUGGACUCUACUAG